AUGAGUGGAGGCCCUUUGAGGCAUAACCAAAGCCUUCACUGCCAAUACCACCAAGAGAAGGGACAUACCACCGAGGACUGUAGAACACUGUGGAACCAUCUGGAGCAACUGGUCAAGGAAGGGAAGUUGCAACAAUUUCUGUACUGGCCCAAUGGACAAAAGGACCAAUCAAGGUCAGGGGCUCGAGGGAAUACUCCUUCAAGGCACCUACUAGGUACCAUCAAUGUCAUUUUUGCUGCGCCUGGGAGAAUUGGUUCUCACCCUUCCAGGGUAAUGUCUGUAGCUAGGCUACCACCUGAAGACUCUCACUCCGAGUCAAAGAGAGCUAGGAUGGAGGUCCGACCAUUGCUGAGUUUCUCAGACGAAGACAAGAUUGGAACUAUCCAACCACAUGAUGACGCUUUGGUGGUUACCCUCAGAAUAAGGGGGUAUGGCGUUAAGAGACCUGAAGAUCUGACAGUCUAUGAUUCACCUUUGGUAAGUUUUGAUGGGAAAGUUGUUAUUCCAAAGGGCCAAAUUAGGAUGCUCAUUCAAGCUAGCUCAGAGGUGGUGGAAGUAGACUUCAUUGUGAUAAACAUAUACUCCCCCUACACAGCCAUUAUGGCCAAACCAUGGCUCCAUACCCUAGGAGCUAUUUCUUCAACUCUGCAUCAGAAGAUGAAGUAUUCGUCAGGAGACUGGAUUGAAGAGUUAGUAGGGGAUCAAUCAAUGGCUAGGCAAUGCUUUGUGUCUGCAAUUUUGCAUUAG